UUGGUUUGGUUUUUCCUGACAUGUCAAACCCUCCUGGACGGGCUCUGACCCCCCGUGUGAGACUUUUAUGGGCUGCUGCACCGACGUCAGGCUCUGCACUUCACCGUGAAGAUGGCGGAGGCCCCGGAUACACCACAACACCGGUUUUUCUGUCACUGCUGUAAAUGUGAGACAAUCCCCAAACUCCCGGAUUUGGUGUGCCCUAGAUGUGACUCUGGCUUCAUUGAGGAGGUGCCAGAAGACUCCAGCCUCUUGCAGGACAGCGCGGCCUCUGUCCCCAGUGACGACUCAAACUCGUUGUUCUCAGAAUUAUGGCAGCUGCUGUUUAUGGAGGGCUCCGCUCUGCUGUCGCAUCCGCCCUCCUCGGAGUCCGACCCUGACGACAGCGAGCAGGUAUCAGCGGGUCAGGGCAGUCCGUCGCCGCCGACGCCGGUCGCUGCCGAGGCCGCGGAGCCGGAGUCUCCUUCCACCCCUGAGCCAGAAAGGUCGCCGAGGCCUGAGCAGAGGCCUGCAGUGGAAGGGAUCGUGCAGCAGUUCUUGGCCGGCCUGUUUGCCAACAACGGAAACCCCGGUGCUGCACCAGCUGCCCUAUCCAGCAUGCUGCAGUUGUACUCAAACCCUGGAGAUUAUGCAUGGGGUCAGGGAGGUCUCGACGGCGUCAUCACAGAGUUAUUAGGACAGCUGGAGAGCACGGGUCCGCCUCCCGCAGAAAAGGAGAUGAUCUCGUCCCUGCCAACGGUUUGCAUCUCUCAAGAGCAGACAGAUUGCCGAUUGGAGUGUCCAGUUUGUAGGGAGGAGUAUACAUUAGGGGAAUCCGUUAGGAAGCUUCCCUGCCUCCAUUACUUCCACAGUGAAUGCAUAGUGCCUUGGCUGGAGCUGCAUGAUACUUGCCCAGUGUGUCGGAAAAGCCUUGAAGGUGUCGACAACAGCCUGCCGCCCACAUCAGAACUCCCAGAAGCUCGCUCCAUCAGGGCGGAGCAACAGGAGAGGCAGGCGAUCUGAGAGACGUGUCAACAACUCUACCUCCUUUACUGUCUCCAAGAGGCACACCUCUCACCUCAGACCUUUCCCCUCUGCGCCCACUGCUUUAAAAUACAAUUGCGCCGCAGUCGUAAUGCGCAGCUUCAACUUUCACUUGAUUCAUGCAUCUCUGCAAGGUGUUUAUCUACUUGAACGUGUGCACCAUUUUUAUCAGACCAUACGCGAAAGGAUCCAGCAGUUUGCAGACAAGAUGCGGAAGUGAUGUGUCCUUCUCGGUACGCUGCGCUCUUAAAUGGUUUUCCGAAUGACUUACUUGGAUGCCAUGAACUAAUCGCCACUGAGCUGCCAGUGGUUGUCAAAAUGACGGGAACUCACAGAGUUAUGGAGAAACAGUUUUGCAUUAUUCCUUUGGUAAGACGUUUUGUCAAUGCAGUAUUUUGUUUUACCAACGUGAAGUUUGUUAUUAAAGCUUAACCCUGUGACCCUCA